AGGGCCGGAGGGGGCGGCGCGGCGGAGCCUCCAGUGGCCUCGGACGCUCCUCCUAGCCCGCGGCCGCCGCCCGCCUCCGCCUGCGCCUCCAGCUCCGUCGCGCCGGCCGGCCGCCACUUCCGGCCGCUCACCUGGGACGCGCUCACCUGGGACGCGCUCACCUGCCUCGGGGCGCCUGGGCACCAGGAUGAAGGACCGGCUGGAGCAGCUGAAGGCCAAGCAGCUCACACAGGAUGAUGAUGCGGACGAGGUCGAGAUUGCCAUUGACAACACGGCUUUCAUGGAUGAGUUCUUUGCGGAGAUCGAGGAAACUCGUCAGAACAUCGACAAGAUCUCAGAGCACGUGGAAGAGGCUAAGAAACUCUACAGUAUCAUCCUGUCUGCACCGAUUCCUGAGCCAAAAACCAAGGAUGACCUAGAGCAGCUCACGACCGAGAUCAAGAAAAGGGCCAACAACGUCCGGAACAAACUGAAGAGUAUGGAGAGGCACAUUGAGGAAGAUGAGGUCCGGUCGUCCGCAGACCUUCGGAUUCGGAAAUCCCAGCACUCCGUCCUGUCCCGGAAGUUUGUGGAGGUGAUGACCAGAUACAACGAGGCUCAGGUGGACUUCCGCGAACGCAGUAAAGGGCGAAUCCAGCGGCAGCUCGAAAUCACUGGCAAAAAGACCACAGAUGAGGAGCUGGAGGAGAUGCUGGAGAGUGGGAACCCUGCCAUCUUCACUUCUGGGAUCAUCGACUCUCAGAUUUCCAAGCAAGCCCUCAGUGAGAUCGAAGGGCGGCACAAGGACAUCGUGAGGCUGGAGAGCAGCAUCAAGGAGCUUCAUGACAUGUUUAUGGACAUCGCCAUGCUGGUGGAGAAUCAGGGUGAGAUGCUAGAUAACAUAGAGCUGAAUGUCAUGCACACAGUGGACCAUGUGGAGAAGGCACGGGAAGAAACUAAAAGAGCUGUGAAGUACCAGGGUCAGGCCCGGAAGAACCCGAUUUCACUCCAGCCUGGUGUGGCCACCCUUGUCUUCAGAUGGGAACGGAGUUUGAAUGGCUUUCCUGAGAGAGAGUGGGACCUGUUCCUUUGUUUCCUUGUAACCGUCCUUGGACCUGACCCAGCAAACAACUUAGCCCCGGAGGAAGCUAAUCUGCCUGAUGUAACCCUGAGUUCUCAGAACCUUCUCCUGCCCCACCAACUCUGAAGUACCUUCUCUCCCGGACAGUAUGAACCAACCCAGCUUUUCUUUGUUCCCUCUGAAUGUGUCAAAGUAAGCCUUGCGCCUUGGAAAGCCGAUUCCAAACCUACCCAGGGUGCUGUAUUUUCUACCUCAUGGAGUAUUCUUCUCCCAGAAAUUGCAAUGUAUUUUUUAAGGGGUUUCUUUAACAACACAAAGGGAUUCUUCCAAGUGUGGUGACAGUAAGGCUCAGCUCGAGCCUUGUACUUGGCAGGAUCUUGGUCCUCAUAGUUUGUUGUCCCUAUGUCUUGAAAAUAUGUGGAACUGGCAGAUGUCACUUUGGUCUUAGCAGCUGACUUGUUUGAAGUUCAAUCUUAAAUUAAGCUCUUGGUAUGUUCAGCUUCAUGGCCAACUUCAGUCUUUAUGUUGUGUUCUCUCAUGUUUACUCAAGGAGGCCACCAGGAUGAUACGGUUGUCUAAGGUUACCAUUUGUAAAGGCUGAAGGUAUGAGAUAUUUGUUUGCCUCUCUGAGUCUUGGAAACCGGCUGUUCUCCUUUGGAACGAUGCUUUGUGAAGCCACUGCCUUGAGGCCAAAAAUAACCAGGCACUUAAAAUUGGGCCAGGGACAAGGUGCUUGAGUCUGAGGCUCUGGAAAUGCUUAGAUUGGUGCAAGUGUUCAGUCACUCAUUUCAUAUGUUCCAGAUGUACUUUUAUAAUCGUGUGUGAGACGUACAUAUAUAUUUGCCUGUCUCUCUCAGAAGCAGGAAACUAGAAAUGGAGAAUAUUAUAACAUCAAAAAACAAAAACAAAAACAAAAACAAAAACCUUGGGCUGAGCUAAAAAUUAGGUAAGACAUUUGCUUAUUUGCAAAUGAAUCACAGCAGAAAUAGGAUCUUCCUGUGUCAUUGAGAAACCUUGUUUUCUGGAUGAGUGCUGGGAUGAUCAUAGAUCGUUGGGAUUAGGACUACACUGAUCCCACUAAGUUUUUCUGCUUAGCAUACAGCUAUGACAAGUUUUGGCACCUCUCCUUGCUGCUGCAUAGGUGAGGCUUGUCCUGAGAGUAUCCCACAGCAAUCUUAGAUCAUUCCUGGGGCCUUUAGGAUGAUCCUGUCUCCAGGGCUGAGUCAGCUGGGGGAGACCGGGGACUACUGAGUAGCUGGUAUUGCUACCAGGUAAAUGAGCUUGACAGGUUCUUUCUCUCCUCCCCAAUUCUUACCAUGGAGGAAGCAACAGCCAGGAAAUGAUUUCAAGUGUAGUGACUAUGGUGACCCAGUGGUGAGCCCCUUAGAUUCCCUGCCAGUCUCCCUGAUGUAUAGUUGAACUUAGACACUCUAGGAUAGAGUGAGCACCUAAUCCAGGCACUGCCCUGGGCUUCCUUUGCAAAGGCUAUGUACUCCGUCAUUGCUCAGCACUCCGACAGAGCCAAAGGGAUGCCCUCUUCCCAUGGCUAUGAAGUCAGACAGUGGACUGGCUCCAGCAACGAGGGAAGACAAGCUCUUAACCAUAGGCCUUUGUUGAGCCCUGGGGCUUAGUUUGGAAUACAAUAAGUGAAGGUUUUUUUUUGUCAUUUGUGUUUUUUAAAUGUAAACGUGAUUAUUUUAUUGAUAAUUUAAAAAUAAAUGACUUUAUAUUGAUCGUGAACUAGUUCUUGCUCUAUUUCCCUACAAAAUAGUGGUUGGGUGCCACCAUGUGGUGGUUUUUGUUUAGGUUUACAAGGGUUAACAGUGCUUUUUAUCCAUGUGCCAGACUGCAUGGAUCAAAAGUUCUAAUUUUUGAAAAUGCUUUAACUCUCAAGAAUAUGGUUUAACUAUAUUUAAGUUUCAGGUUUAAGGUGGUCUCCCUAAGAAUUCAGUUGACUCAUCAGGAGUAUCUGUCUCUAGGAGGAGAUGGGGUAGCUCUGGUGUGGUGGGAACCAGAAAGCAGAACAUACUGAACAUCCUCAGAGACUGCUGUUGAUCUCAUUUUGAAUCUCUUGCCUGAAAGCAUCGCUUCUAGUAACAUCCUGGGUUCUUGAAGCCAGAUCCAUCACCCUUUCCCUUCACGUCUUCCUCUGUGUCUGGAUCCACUUUCGCCUUCCUUCCCCUGCAACUCUGCGCAGUGAUGCUGCUUCUCACAUGCUUUUUCUUUCCUUGUCUGGAUGAGCAGAAGAAGAUCAUGAUCAUGAUCUGCUGUAUUAUCCUUGCGAUCAUCUUAGCUUCUACCAUUGGGGGCAUAUUUGCCUGAAAAAGGUGAGCCAUUUGUGGGGAGGUGAUUUUUUUCUUUCACUUACUUGAAACUCUUACAUGCUUAAAAGCACUUGUCGCUGGUUCCCCAGAUUGGGGAGGGAACAGGUAUUAGACUAGAAAAAGGCUGGAGAGAACUAUGAAAAAAGGUUUCAUAGAGAAGUACGGAUGAAUAACGAGUUGGCCAUAGAUGGGGAGCCAGGGGGCAGUCUGCUCUGUUUAGAAUGAUUUGUAGAAGGAUGUUGACUUCCAGCAGCAAAAUUUGGGUGGUGGUGUCUGGGAAUGGCUAAAGGAGAAAGAAUUCGUUCUUGCACUGGAAGCACCCCUCUCUAGUAGGAGAGAGCCAGCCAGUAACCCCAGAGUAAAUUAAUGUCCUCUCUUUGAGGGUUAGGACCGUUAGUGCAGACUUGCCGAGUAGACUCUUUGCCCCUGCAGAGGAAGCACUUGGUGAUCCUGGAUUCAAACCUCCUGUUGUAUAACCUGUGAUUUUCUUCCCUUCCGUGACCCCUUGUAGUCCUCACCGAUGGAGCCUCGGCCGGCACUUUUAAUCCUCCUUCCACUUUCUGUGGUGCCAUCACUUCUCCACUGCAGAUUCCUCAACAGCUACUCCUUUCCACUGUGAAACCUAUGACAUAGGGUCUCCAUCAACCACCUCUUAAAAGUUAUGCAAAGGUAGACUUAGGACAGUGCGGGAUUGGGGGUGGGGGCAGGGCUGAGGGAACAUGAGCCGGUUAGGAGGGUGGUGUCAAGGAGAGGCUGAGGGGUAGAGAACACGUGCUUGUUGGGGAAAUAAAACAGAGCCAGGCAGGUAUUGGAGCACACCCAGCUCAUCAGCAUUUAAUUUUCUCUGACCAGUACCAGGCCUGUUACGUCUGGUCUUCAGGUUCUUCUAGGUCUCACCUUCGACCAACGCUCCAUCUACUUCCUUCUUCAGGGUCUGAUAGUCUAAAGUGAAGAUGGUCUAACCACAGGUGCCACGCAUGUCUUGCUCACAGCUGCGUCCCCAGUCCUUAGUAUAGUGCUUGCCACUUACAGAUGUUCAAGGAUGGGUUGACUUAAUUAGCUGUAAUUAAGCUCUGAUUUCUGCUCACGGUUGAGUCCGUGGGUUUUACUUUGAAACCUUUUAAGGCAUCAGUGGUAAGUGGGUUUGUUAGUAUGAGAGGCUGUGUGCAAAUACCUGUGAAGGGGCUGAUUCACUUAUGCAACUAUAUGACAGGCUUCCCACUACUGUGACAUGGUCUUUUUUUAUGAAUGGAGAUGGGAGUUGACAGUCUCUCACUCUCAAAGACUGCUGGUCCCAGGAUUGUGGCUCCCAAACAAAAGAAACAGGUUUAUACCAUGACUGAACUCCCAACAAGCAUCAGGACCAUGCUCUAUGAACUGUAACAGAGAGGAGAGGUCAGGUCAGAAAAGUGACAGGCACCUACCACUUGCAUCGUUUCUUACAUGGUUCAUCUUGCUAGGUGAAACUGAAUUUUCUUGGCCAGCAGUGUGCCUAAAACUAUCCUGAACAAUGGCCCCAAUUCAAAGUUCAGAUGUGUUCUAAUGCAAUUUAGUAAUUAUAUUACAAGAGCUUCACUACAAAUACAUUAACCACCACCAAGUGCAACUCUUGAGGACCAUGUAACUGUUUAGAUAUAAUUGCACUUUUGAAAGAUUACUUUGCCACACGUCUUUUUUAAGAAAGCGGGAUUUAAAAAAAAAAAAAGCUGACGUUUCAAGUCAGUGUGCUCUUUCUACCCAUUUUCAAAAGCAAAUGGUGUACAUUUCUAUCCAUUUGUAUUUCUUUCAGUUUGAAUAGGGGAUAGAAAACUGCUGGGUAGUUCUGGAAGAGAUGAAUCUUGUUACAGACCAGACAGGAAGGUGGAGCCAUGGGGAUUUGAGAUACAUGGGGCCUUUAUUCAUCCAACAGUAACUAGUUGAGUGCUGUGCGGCACCGCACUGUCCUAGAACCUGUGGGGCCACAAAGGUAGAGCCAAAUACAUGCCCUCCUCGGAGUUUCAGACCUAGGAAAGGCCAACUUCAACUUUUAUCACUUACUUGUGUUAAAAGGCAAGGGUAUGUUCCUUAUCAUAUUGUCCAACAUUCCCCUUUGUCUUCUAAAAUUGAGAGAUGGGUAGUUGGGCAUAAAUAAAUAUCUGUUGAA